UCACACAGCUGGACGCCCAAUAGCUCGAUAAUUCAUUGACAUCACAAAGAAGUCGCGUAGUGCUAUUCAAACCAGAUACUUGAUACUUCAUGAAGUGUUUGUAAUACAAGCUCGCUGAGGAUUCAUUAUGAGGUCUUUUUGGGCGUCCAUCUUUGGCAGACCCAAAAAUACUGAAAAUUCGAAAAGUGCAAGUCAUCAGAAUGAAAGAGCUGGUCUUUUUCCUCCAGCGACAAUAGUUGAAGAAGUUGCGGAAAUUUCGAAAAAUGGGGAGGAGUUCAAUCGGGAUCAGGGUGAUGAACUCGACGAGCGUGGUAAUGACGGCCAAAGUGAAUCCCGAGCCGAAAAGUAUAGAUCUCGCUUGAAUAAUCUAUUGCAGGGAAUAAAUAAAUGGCAACAAGUCUUAUCGGCAGAAUUGCAAGCUAGACAGAAGAUGAGAGAGGUGGGGUUCAAACGAUCGGCUGUCUCCCGAGCAGAUGCUAGCUUCAUGAAAGAAGUUCAACGAUUACAAGCAGAAGGACAACUUGGAGCUUUUAAACAACUAUCUAAGCUUGCAGAUGCUUGCCAAUCAGCACGUGAUGGACUUGGCCCUUUGGAAUAUGAAGGUUUCGAAGCUCAAAAGAAGCUGCAGGGACAUGUGUGGGAAUUGCAACAAGUAGAAGAUGCACUCUUCGAAAGUUUUGAAUCUGAGCUUGGAGAAGGCUAUGAAGGGUCUUCAGUCACUUCGGGCUCAAGUUCAGCACAUGAUAUUCUUGAAAUUCCUCCUCCAGCCAUUGUAAAGAAUCAUGGUAUUCGAAAUCAAGACGAAGACACUGGAGAUCUAUUUCGCGCAUCAACAAAUAUCAUCACUGACAUUGAGAGACAGCAAAGUCAUUCUGAGACUCCGCUCUCCAUUAAAGAACCUUUGAAGAAAAAGUUAGUUGUACACGAUUUAAGGAUGCUACUCAGCCAUGAUGAAACUCAACCUGUUCCGGUAGUACGCUUUAGACACUCAGUGAACACGGAGUCCAGCGUGAAUGGAUUGAGCGAAAGACCGCUUGCGCUUGAUCAGAAUAACAUGGAAAGGCUGAAAAAUCCACUGUUGCUGGGACUGGAGAAUCAAGGGGGACUUUUUCUCCAGGAGCCGCAUUAUGACCCUACGUUGUCAUUAGAUCCGGAAAAUAUUGAACAGUUUAACUACGAAGGGCAACAACUUGAACCAACUUCCGGUUCAGAUUCUGGAGCUUUUGACUUAGAUAUGCUCGAGGAUAAGGAUAUGAGCACUCUCACUACGAAACAGCAUUCAAGUACAGAAUCAUUUCCCGAAUUACUGACGCAAUUUGGUACUAAACGCGAUCGAAUCAACAAAUGGUUACUGCAUAAGAUGCUUAUAUCAAGAUCAGAAGCGAGUCUUAUUGGGCUUCAGCUACAAAAAGAGCCGGACUCAUCGCCAUCCCCAUGGGCGAAAUUGAUUGUUGCCUAUUUUCAGUUUGAUUACAAUACCUCAAAGCCUGCAAGUAGCCAUGACGUGAAGAACAUGAGCACGGAGGAAAAAAUAUCAGAACAUCAGCAGUCUUCAAAUUACCGGGAAGAAGACACAACGAUCACUUCUCAUCCUACUUUACAGUCCAAGACUACCAUUGAAGAUACCACAGCUGCUCCCUUAGCAAAUCUACACGCUUCUGCAAACGCCAAACCUCGCAACAACCUACCUCAUCAAUCAAUAUGCGAAGGACUGGCACAAGUCGAAUCGUCCAAGCCUCGUCCAAUCAAAGUUGGUAUACGCAGUCUCCAAGUCUCUAAUUCCGGAAGGCCAAUCAUGAUGACUCCGGAGGGAAUGGCAAUUUAACAGCGCAGAGCUUGUAAGAACUGCGGAGAAGCAACAUAAACAGUGGAAACGGAUCUGCAGAACUGCAGAAAAUCCAGUAAUGAGGACAUUGCGGUGCAGCUAGCCAAGAGAAUCCCUACUUGAAUUGGCCGUUCGCAAGAGUUAUGGACGAGGAAUUCAAGUACCUCAAUAGAGGAGCAAUCAUAUAGCCCUUCAAGAAGUCGAUCUGGGAUUUGAAUGGUUUUCUUAAAGUGGCAAACAUCUUAGAUAUUGGGGUAGGCUGCGUGGGUGGUCAUCUGAACAUUCAUUUCAUGCACAAAGCUGUAAAGGAAUUAAUAAGAGGGAAAACUUGAUUCACAAUUGGCAAGAGCGUAUCACAUCAACUCGUAUAAUCUUUAACGGACCGUACCGCAUGGAUGAGUGAGCAAAGAAAUUGCGAUACCCUGAGGAUUCUCAUGCAUCAAUACUGGGUGCCAAUUCGUUGGCGAUAGUAGAGUGACAUAAAGUAAGCGAACAUCAUUCAUAAUGUGGCGAGAGUUUGG